AGCUAUUCUACUGUCCUAGCAGACGACAAUCCAACUCACCACCAACUGAGUUAUUCCACUGUCCUAGCAGACGACAAUCCAACUCGCUGCUGGCUGAGUUAUUCCAAUGUCCUAGCAGACGACAAUCCAAUUCACUACAGACUGAGUUAUUCCACUGUCCUAGCAGGCGACAAUCCAACUCACCACCGAUUGAGUUAUUCCACUGUCCUAGCAGACGACAAUCCAAAUCACUACAGAGUAAGUUAUUCCACUGUCCUAGCAGACGACAAUCCAACUCGCUACUGGCUUAGUUAUUCCACUGCCCUAGCAGACGACAACCCUGAGCUAUUCCACUGUCCUAGCAGACGACAAUCCAACUAG